AGUUAUCUUUUUGUUGCUUUAAGGAAACAUGUUAUUAGAAUUUUCAUAAAUCAGAAAUCAAAUGGAUAUUUUUUUUUUUUAUUGAGAAAUUAAAUUAUUCAGAUUGCGUAUCGAUUUUCUAUAGUAACCACAUGAUUGUGAUAUCUUAUCUAUUGCUCCUUCUUCAUGCAAAGUUUUCAUUUGGAAUAACACCACUUAAAAGACUUAUCUUAAACCCACAUGAAUCACUAAAACCUAUGAACCUUCUAACCAAAGAUCUUAUUACAGCGUUAAACGAAGAAUUGUUUGUCGCAAGAAACUAUUACGACAAAGAAUCGGGAGGAAAGAGGCUAAAUCACAAAAAAGUUGAAAUUUCGCGAGCUUUCCAAGAAUCAUUUUUACAGACAAAGGAGCUUAACACAUACACUAAUCAAUAUUUGAUUUUAGAUCAUAGCAUCGUAUUAUGUGAUGGUAAGGAUAUUGUCAAAGUAGAGGAACCUGCGUUCUCAACAUUCGGUCACGCGCAAAAAACCUGUAAAGAAUCUCGGCUUUGCACAUAUUUUGUCUGGAAGAAGAGUUCAGAAACACAGAGAGGAGUUGUCUGGUACUGUACAGGAACGGGAUGGAUGGCUGCUCAACGUGAACGCGGUUGGCGUGUUGCAGUUAAGCCUCAGUGGGAAACACUACCAAAUUACGACAUACUUCCUAAUAAGAAAAUCGUUAGUGAAUCGUCUACAAAAUCACUUGUAAAAUAUGGACCUUUAUCUUUAGAAGAUAUUGACUUUUGGUGUAACAAGAUUCUAUGCUCGGCUUUUACAGUUUCUUACGGUAGUCUUACUAAAACACACGAGAUUAUUAAACCACAUCCAGGACAAAAAACCGAAUUCUACAAUGAGUUAAAGAGUAGAUCAGCUAGCUCUAAAAUAAUUAGAGCAAAGGGAUGCUUGACCGGUAUAAAGAAAAACCAAAAAGUCAACGUGAACAAAACAAAAUAUCUAAAUCAACGUAUUAGUGUACGAAUGCAAAAGGGGAAUAAAAGUAAUAUAAAUGGCAUGAAAGGCAACGUAAUUCUACAGAAUGGUCCUAUUUUGCUUAAUAAUUACUCCUGGAUGGGAAAUCUAGGAGACAUUGUCGGUGAUCCGUCAUUAGGACGCAUAUUGAUACCUAAUACUAUUUGAUUUUUUGAAAGUAAAAAAAAAUAAUUAAUUUAACUAUAAUAUUUUGAUCGUAUUACAUUUUAUUAAAUUUUGUGAAAUAAGUAAGACAAAUUGUGAAACAAAUAAAGAUUAUGUGAUAGU